AUGUCGUCGUCCCAAACCCUAGGCGGCGCGUCCCGCUGCGGCUGGGUGCUCGGCCCCUCGCUGGACAAGAUCGUCAAGAACGCGGCCUGGCGGAAGCACGCCAGCCUCGUGUCCGCCUGCAAAUCCGCUCUCGACAAGCUCGACUCGCUAGCCGACGACGCCUCCGAUCCCACCUCCUGCGCCCCGCUCUACGGCCUCGUCCCCUCCGACGCCGAGUUCCUGCUCCAGCCCCUAGUCAUGGCCCUCGACUCGGGCUCUGUCAAGGUCGUCGAGCCCGCCCUCGACUGCGCGUUCCGGCUCUUCUCCUUCGGCCUCGUUCGCGGAUGCGAGAUUGAGGAUAGCUCAUCCUCAGUUGUCUUCCGCCUCAUUGACUCUGUCUGUAAAUGCGCUGCCGUCGGGGACGAGGCAGUCGAGCUGGCUGUGCUAAAGGUCCUGUUGUCCGCUGUCAGAUCUCCCUGCAUCUACAUAAGGGGGGACUGCCUCGUCUAUGUGGUGAGGUCCUGUUACAAUGUCUACCUUGGUGGCCGCAGUGGUACCAAUCAGAUCUGCGCCAAAUCUGUUCUAGCGCAGAUGAUGGUUAUAGUUUUCACCAGAGUCGAGGAGAAUUCCAUGCUUGUGGACUUUAAAAAUGUUUCAGUGUUCGAAUUGCUGGAGUUUGCUGAUAGGAAUCUCAAUGAAGGAAGCUCCAUACAGUUUGCGCAGAACUUCAUCAAUGAGAUUGUGGAGGCCAAGGAUAGCCUUCCUUAUGUGAAGUUGCCCUUGCAUCUCCGGAUUGGUUCCGAUUCGACCCCUAAAGAAAAAACUGAUGAAGAAAACGAGAAACCUGUCGAGGAGGGUGCUGAUUUGAGUGAAUACAGUAAGAUUAGGGAGGAUGGGUUUAUGCUCUACAAGAAUUUAUGCAAAUUGUCCAUGAAAUUUUCCUCGCAGGAAAAUCCCGACGAUCAGAUUCUUUUGAGGGGGAAAAUUCUGUCCUUGGAGCUUCUGAAUGUCAUCAUGGGCAAUGCAGGUCCGAUCUGGCGUUCCAAUGAGAGGUUUCUUAAUGCGGUCAAGCAAUAUCUAUGCCUGUCGUUGUUGAAGAACAGUGCUCUCUCUGUUAUGACUGUUUUUCAGCUUCUUUGUUCAAUAUUUUGGCACUUACUAUCAAAGUUUAGGUCUGGGUUGAAAUCAGAGAUUGGAAUUUUUUUUCCAAUGCUGAUUCUACGUGUAUUAGAGAAUGUGCUUCAACCAAGUUUCUUACAGAAGAUGACUGUCUUGAAUUUACUGGAAAAGAUUGCUCAGGAUCCACAGCUUACUAUUGAUACUUUUGUCAACUAUGACUGCGAUGUGGAGGCUCCAAACAUAUUCGAAAGGACUGUGAAUGGACUUCUGAAAACUGCCCUAGGUCCACCACCUGGUUCAGUGACCUCUUUGUCUCCUGUCCAAGAUAUGACAUUUCGCCAUGAAUCAGUGAAAUGUCUGGCUAGAAUUAUCCAGUCAAUGGGUUCAUGGAUGGACCAGCAGCUAAAAGUUUCAGAAUCUAAUCCUCCAAAAGUUUCUGAGAGUGAAAACUUGACUGAGAAUCACACUUACAUCGUUGACGACGCAAAUAGUUCUGAUUAUGAGCACCUGGAAGCAAAUUCUGAACUUUUGGUUACUGCAACCUUGGAGCAGCGUAGAGCUUAUAAAGUAGAAAUUCAGAAAGGUGUUGCACUGUUCAAUAGGAAACCUUCCAAGGGAAUUGAGUUCUUAAUAAGCGCCAAAAGAGUUGGCAAUUCCCCAGAAGAUGUGGCUUCUUUUCUCAAAAGCGCUUCAGGCCUGAAUGAAAAUAUGAUUGGCGAUUAUUUCGGUGAAAGAGAGGAAUUUCCUAUGAAAGUUAUGCAUGCAUAUGUAGAUUCCUUUAACUUUGAGAAAAUGAGCUUUGCUGAAGCAAUCAGAUUCUUUCUGAGAGGAUUUAGGUUACCAGGGGAAGCGCAAAAGAUCGACCGCAUCAUGGAAAAAUUUGCCGAACGCUACUGUAAAUGCAAUCCGAGUGCAUUCACCAGUGCUGACACAGCUUAUGUGCUUGCUUACUCAGUCAUAAUGCUCAACACCGAUGCACAUAAUAGUAUGGUAAAGGAUAAGAUGAGUAAGGCUGAUUUCAUCCGGAAUAAUCGAGGAAUUGAUAAUGGCAAGGAUCUACCUGGAAAUUAUUUGGGUGCACUGUAUGAUCAAGUUGUAAAAAAUGAGAUUAAAAUGAAUGCCGAGCCUUCUGCUCCCCAAAGCAAACAUGGAAAUAGCCUGAAUAAACUGCUGGGCUUGGAUGGAAUACUCAACCUAGUCUGGAAGUCUACAGAAGAAAAACCUUUGGGUGCGAAUGGAUAUCUAUUGAGGCAUAUCCAAGAGCAGUUUAAGACAAAAUCUGCAAAAUCAGAGGUUUUCUACUAUGCUGUAGCAGAUCCUUCUAUAUUGAGGUUCAUGGUUGAAGUCUGCUGGGGCCCAAUGCUUGCUGCCUUUAGUGUAACGCUGGACCAAAGCGAUGACAAGGAAGCUACUUCUCAAUGUUUGCAGGGAUUUCGUCAUGCUGUGCAUGUUACCGCCAUGAUGGGUAUGCAGACUCAGAGAGAUGCCUUUGUUACUACUGUGGCUAAGUUUACUAACCUCCACUGUGCGGCUGAUAUGAAGCAAAAAAAUGUUGAUGCUGUCAAGGCUAUGAUAUCAAUUGCAAUUGAAGAUGGGAAUUACCUUAAGGAAGCAUGGGAGCAUAUUCUGACAUGCUUAUCUCGAUUUGAGCAUUUGCAACUCUUGGGGGAGGGAGCACCUUCUGAUGCGUCGUUCCUUAAUACAUCUAAUUCUGAAUCUGAAGAGAAGGUAUUGAAUACUGAGAGUUACCCAUCUCUGAAGAGAAAAGGAACACUCCAAAAUCCCGCUGUUAUGGCAGUCGUUCGAGGAGGCUCCUAUGAUAGCACCUCUGUGGGAGUCAACUCCCCUGGUCUUGUUACUCCGGAGCAGAUCAAUAACUUCAUUUCGAACUUGUAUUUGCUUGAUCAAAUUGGGAAUUUUGAAUUGAACCACAUUUUUGCUCAUAGCCAGAGGUUAAACAGUGAGGCAAUAGUGGCUUUUGUAAAAUCACUCUGCAAAGUUUCCAUGGCAGAACUGCAGUCCCCAACUGAUCCACGUGUGUUUAGCCUCACAAAAAUCGUGGAAGUUACGCACUAUAACAUGAAUCGCAUAAGGCUAGUGUGGUCACGUAUAUGGAAUGUUCUUUCUGAAUUCUUUGUGUCAGUUGGUUUGUCCGAGAACCUUUCUGUUGCAAUCUUUGUUAUGGAUUCAUUGCGGCAGCUUGCUAUGAAAUUCCUCGAGCGAGAAGAACUGGUGAACUAUAAUUUCCAGAAUGAAUUUUUGAGGCCUUUUACCAUUGUGAUGCGGAAAAGCAAUUCUACAGAGAUCAGAGAGUUAAUAGUUCGAUGUAUCUCACAGAUGGUACUCAGCAGGGUUGAUAACAUAAAAUCUGGAUGGAAGAGUGUCUUCAUGGUUUUCACUGCAGCUGCAGCUGAUGAACGGAAGAGCAUAGUUUUGUUGGCUUUUGAAACAAUUGAAAAGAUAGUGCGUGAAUAUUUUCCCUACAUAACUGAGACAGAGGCAUUGACUUUCACCUAUUGUGUGAAAUGCCUCAUUACCUUCACAAAUAGUAAAUUCAAUAGUGACGUUAGUCUCAAUGCUAUUGCUUUUCUCCGGUACUGUGCGGUCAAACUCGCAGAUGGUGGACUUUCUUGCAAUGAGAAAAGCGAGGGGAAUGAAGAUAGCACUCUUUCACCGAAGAACAAUGCUUUGGAUGAAGAAACAUGCAUGGACAGAGAUGGGCAUAUGCAUUUCUGGAUUCCUUUGCUUACAGGGUUAUCAAGUUUGACUUCAGAUCCAAGAGCCGCCAUCAGAAAAAGUUCGCUGGAAGUUCUCUUCAAUAUUUUGAAGGACCACGGCCACCUUUUCUCGCAGCCAUUCUGGGACACUGUUUUCAAAGGUGCCAUCUUUCCAAUAUUUACCUUCAUCUUUGAUGGUAAAGAGUCCGAUAUGGGCAAUGAUAACCAUUCACCAAAUUCUGAAUCCAUAAACCCACCCGAUGGGAGCAUUUGGGACUCUGAAACUAGUGUAGUGGCAAUAGAAUGCCUCACAGAUCUAUUUGUCCAUCUAUUUGAUUUGUUGAGGCCCCAAUUUCAUGAAUUGAUAUCUAUAAUAAUGAGAUUCGUGAGAAGCCCCAGUCAAAGUCCCUCAACGGCGGGAGUGGCUGCUUUGAUGCAUUUGACUGCUGACUUGAGAAGCAAACUUACUGAAGAGGAAUGGCAGGAUAUCUUUCAUUCUUUGGAAGAGGCCGCUGUGCGUAGAUUGCCAGCUUUUAUGAAGCUUUUGAAAACUUUAGACAGCAUUGAGGUGCCCGAUUAUAAUCCACUCAAUUAUGAAACUGAAUCUUCUUAUGACAAUGGAGGUGCAAUUGGUGAUGGUACCGAGGAUGAAAAGCUGCAAAGUGUGGCAUAUAUAGUGUCGAGGAUGAAAUUCCAUAUAUCUCUGCAGCUGCUUAUAAUACAGGUUACAACUGAUCUCUACAAGAGGCACUGGCAGUGCUUUUCGUCAAACAUUAUCACUAUCCUUCUCGAGAUUCUCUCAUCAAUUUCAUCUCAUGCCCAUGAAUUGAACUCCCAAACUAUAUUACUGCUCAAGCUAGACAAAGCAUGCACUAUCUUAGAAAUCUCGGAUCCACCCCUCGUUUACUUUGAGAACGAGUCUUACAUGAACUACUUAAAUAUUUUGCACGACUUACUCACAAACAGUCCAUCUCUAUCAAGGGAGAAGAACAUUGAAUUGGAACUUAUCUCCGUAUGCAAACAAGUACUAGAGACAUACCUCGAAUGUAGCGAGUUUGGACGUGUCUCACAGAAAUCCAAGAACAAACCGUUGGUACACUUUUUUCUUCCGUUAGGGUCGGCUAAGAAGGAGGAGCUCGCGGCCCGUACACCUUUAGUUCUAUCAGUCAUGAGAAUUUUGAGCUGUCUCGAAAGUGCUUCUUUCAGGAAGUAUAUUUCGCAGUUAUUUCCAUUGUUAACAGAUCUCGUUCGGAGCGAGCAUAGUUCACUGGAAGUGCAGAGAGUUCUUAGCAGCAUAUUUCAAUCAUGUAUAGGUCCAAUAAUAAUGAAGUGA